AUGUCCAGCAGAGAUGCCCGUCGGGGGACGGUGAGAUGGAGCCAUCGCAGCACAACCCAGCCCAGCGUCACCUGCCUCGUCGUGCUGCUGUUCGGGGGCUUCCUUUCGGUGGUCCGCUCCAGUCCCGUGUUCCCGUUCACCUCCUUUCAAGCUAGCAGAAACCUACGACACCUGCCAUGUGUGGUGCGGAACACCGGCGAAGAAGGCAUUUGCAUGUUUGCGAUCGACUGCUUCAAAGCGAACGGCACGCAUUUGGGCGUGUGCAUCGACAAGAUAUUCUUCGGAUCUUGCUGUCAGGUCAACGACGACCGGCUGCUGUUCGAUCCGGACAUCACAGACAACAGCAUAGACCACAAUUCGGUCGGUAAUUUCCCGCAUUUCCCGCAAUCAUCCGUCAUGAACACGCAUCGGAAGCCACCGCUCACGGAAACGCGCCUUCCAACGACUGCGUCGUCGUCCGGAAACGGCACCAAGUACGAGCUGGUUAGCAGUUCAACAACCACGAGCAGAACGACACAGAAAUCCAACCGCCGCACGACGUCAACAACGACACGCACGACGAAGACCCCAGCUCUUAAGGUGCCUCAGCAGAAGGACGAACUGCAAACGACCACCGAGUACCAGGAGUUCACUACGUUCCAGUACGUGCAGAGCAGCAAGAACCCAGCAAGCGGGUCGCAAACCACGACGAGCAAACGUCCAUCGGCGAUCAAUCGUCCCAGCAGUCCAGGUGCAGGUGUGACUGGGCAGAGUACUCGACCGACGUCUCGAACGACGACGUCAAAACCGUACAAAAAUCGACGUCCAACACCCAACAAAACGACUCCUUCGAGAGCUCCUACACGACGUCCUGUACAACCGAUAGCGAUUAGCACGGAAGCACCUACGACAACGCCUCCAUCAACGACGAGGAAAGCCACAGGACAAAACACUCGACAACCGAGUCCCACUGUGGGGUCUCGAAGACCACCCAGCUCAGGUGCUACUUCCCAGAUGUCAACAACGAUCGCCUCUCGAAGGCCGUCGACGAAUGCGACAACUCCGACAACACCAAGAAUCGAAUCGACGACACCUUCCGUGACGUACUCGCGUCGACCAACGACGUCUCCGUCGCUGGUGCCUCUGACAAAGCCAACCCAGAAUCGACGAAGACCUACUCCUACGACGACGACUACGAGGACGACGACAUCAGUGUCUACGGAAGCUGUGCCCGAUACAACACGUGCUCCUCGACCGAGACCCAAACCAACGUCCAACAUCGCCACUGUUCCGGCGACUUCGUUGGAUCAUCUCAUCGAAUCGCAAUCUUCCGGCACCAGUCAGUCUGGAACCACCGCCAAGCCCACUUAUCCUCCAACGACAGUAAAGGUGACACAAGCCACCUCACCGACCCCAACACCGACAUCGACAACGAGUUCAUCCACGACGCGGACCACUCUGUCGGAGCCUACAGUACAAUCUUCCACUGUGAGACUUCCCGAGUCUUCGCUAGGGUUCGGUCCUGAUCCGGAAGAUGUCGCUACACUCUCCCGUCCAGGGCUCGUGACCUGGACGAGUAUCCUUGAGGAUACGUCCACCGAGCGACCGAUCGCCAACCAAGGCCCGACCACCUCCAACAGCUGGAUACUCAUCCAAACACUAACCCCCGAGGAGGUCAUUACCACCAAUCACACUAACCAGCAUGUACCAUCACCAUCGCCAUCCACCCAAGCGCCCACCGUCUCCGUGGAGGUGUCCUUCUCGCAGGACACGAAGCUCCCGAUCGAGUCCCUACUCCCGGAGGCGGCUUACGUGUACGAUACGGUCCCAAUCGAUGGUUCGAUCGACUUAUCGGCACACUCGCAGGUUACCGGCUCUGUGACGGGCGUGUCCUUUGCGGCGCUUGCUAAAACCACCGAAAGCUCUCUACAACCGGACACAAGCACCUCCGAACGAAGCCAUGGCUCGUCCACAACCACCAGCACCACGACAACGCGACACUCAUCGAUCAUGUCCUCGACAGCCGAGUCGACCGUGACGCAAGGAUCGAUCGUGUCCAGCACUGAAGCCAAUCCCAAGCCCAGUAGCGAAGCGGCAGAGAUAAACGUUCCGCUCGAGACGACGCAGUCGGCGAGCACUUUAUCGUCUCCGGGGACACUUCGUCCUGGAACUACACUCGUGUCCACCGCCGCACCACCGACACUGACGACGAGCUCGGGCUUGGAGGCGGCAUCGAGCGAGGAAUCUGGCACAUCUUCGACGACAACGACGACGGCAGGAUCGUCUACCAGGCGUCCGCCAUCUUCGACGGAACCUGUACUGGGAGUUCGCGAGACGACACCAGCGCCAACGACGACGACGGAAUCGAUCGAGAGCGCCACCGAAGAGGGCAGCGGUGAGGAGGGAUCCGGCAGUGGGGAGGACGGUUCCAGCGAAGAAGAAGAAGAAGAGGAAGAAGGCGAAGAGGAAGAAGAAGAGAGCACGGAUGAAAGUGAAGAAUCAACAACGGCGACAACGACGGUAGACCUCACGACCAACUCCCACCAGAAGGUGGCAAACGAAAGCGCAAUAUCGACAACGGAUACACCGACGACGACGACGACGACGACGCUGCUGACGACACCGUUGGCAAGUACUCAAACCAACGCGUCCUCCACCAUGACAGUGUCCUCGACCUCGACAACAUUGGCUGAAUCAAGCACGGCCACGACAGCCUCAACCUUGUCACCGGUUUCGAUCUCCACCGGUUCCGUGACAAGCGCAAGCUCAUCCUCAUCAACGCUGUCAUCGACGUCGACGUCGGCUUCGUCGAGUACGUCGCCAACGGAGACGUCGGAACGUACCGAGUCCUCCAGCUCUACCACAACCACCGGUAUGCCCAUCCAAUUCCCGGAGUCCUCGCCACCAACGACGCUCGCGUCGCUCGCCAACGUGACCACGGACGGUGUAACGCUUGCGCCCGACUUUCUGACCACAUCAACGCUGCCCACCCUCGAGGGCAUCGAUUACCGAUCCGUGUGCGGUAAAAGGAUGUUCCCGGAGCCACGCAUCGUCGGCGGUACGAAGGCGGCGUUCGGUCGGUGGCCCUGGCAGAUAUCGCUUCGUCAGUGGAGGACGUCUACCUACCUGCACAAGUGUGGGGCGGCUUUAUUGAACGAAAACUGGGCCAUCACGGCGGCUCACUGUGUGGACAAUGUGCCACCGUCGGAUCUGCUGCUUCGGUUAGGCGAGUAUGAUCUUGCACUCGAGGAAGAACCCUACGGUUAUCAGGAGCGGCGUGUACAGAUUGUGGCUUCCCAUCCACAGUUUGAUCCGCGAACUUUCGAGUACGACCUGGCGCUGUUGAGAUUCUACGAACCGGUCAUCUUCCAACCGAACAUCAUUCCUGUGUGUGUGCCCGAGAACGACGAGAACUUUAUCGGCCGGACGGCGUUUGUCACUGGAUGGGGUCGUUUAUAUGAAGAUGGUCCGUUGCCGAGCGUGCUUCAAGAGGUCACCGUCCCUGUGAUCGAGAACAAGAUCUGCGAAACGAUGUACCGAAGCGCGGGCUACAUCGAACAUAUUCCGCACAUCUUCAUUUGCGCAGGCUGGAAGAAGGGUGGAUAUGAUUCCUGUGAAGGUGACUCCGGUGGCCCGAUGGUGAUUCAGCGCCCUGACAAACGGUUCUUGCUGGCCGGUGUCAUCUCCUGGGGCAUUGGCUGCGCCGAGCCAAACCAGCCCGGUGUCUACACCAGGAUAUCCGAGUUCCGGGACUGGAUCAAUCAGAUCCUGCAAUUCUAA